AUGGCAUCCCCUUACACACCUCCCAAUUCUCUAGAUACCCCUAACACCCCUCCCACAUCUCUAGGUUCCCUUAACACCCCUCCCACAUCUCUAGAUACCCCUAACACACCUCCCACAUCUAUAGGUUAUCUUAACACCCCUCCCACAUCUAUAGGUUCCUUUAACACCCCUCCCACAUCUAUAGGUUCCCUUAACACCCCUCAAACAUCUAUAGUUUCCUUUAACACCCCUCCCACAUCUAUAGGCUCCCCUAACACCCCUUGCACAUCUAUAGGUUAUCUUAACACCCCUCCCACAUCUAUAGGUUCCUUUAACACCCCUCCCACAUCUAUAGGUUCCCUUAACACCCCUCAAACAUCUCUAUGUGCCCCUAACACCCCUCCCACAUCUCUAGAUUCCCCUAACACCCCUCGCACAUCUAUAGGUUAUCUUAACACCCCUCCCACAUCUAUAGGUUCCUUUAACACCCCUCCCACAUCUAUAGGUUCCCUUAACACCCCUCAAACAUCUCCAGGUGCCCCUAACACCCCUCCCACAUCUCUAGAUACCCCUAACACACCCCCCACAUCUAUAGGUUCCUUUAACACCCCUCCCACAUCUAUAGGAUCCUUUAACACCCCUCCCACAUCUAUAGUUUCCUUUAACACCCCUCCCACAUCUAUAGGUUCCCUUAACACCACUCCCACAUCUAUAGGUUCCCUUAACACCACUCCCACAUCUAUAGGUUCCAUUAACACCACUCCCACAUCUAUAGGUUCCCUUAACACCACUCCCACAUCUAUAGGUUCCCUUAACACCACUCCCUCAUCUAUAGGUUCCCUUUACACCCCUCCCACAUCUCUAGGUUCCCCUAACACCCCUCAAACAUCUCUAGGUGCCCCUAACACCCCUCCCACAUCUCUUGAUACCCCUAACAGCCCUCCCACAUCUAUAGGUUCCCUUAACACCCAUCCCACAUCUAUAGGUUCCCUUUACACCCCUCCCACAUCUCUAGGUUCCCCUAACACCACUCAAACAUCUCUAGGUGCCCCUAACACCCCUCCCACAUCUCUAGAUUCCCCUAACACACCUCCCACAUCUAUAGGUUCCCAUCUCACUCCUCCAACUUCUCUAGAUUCCCCUAACACACCUCCCACAUCUCUAGGUUUAAGUUAA